AUGUUAUGUUGUUCUCAAUCAUUUGCUUGGAGUUUGGCCACAAUAACCUGUUUGCGAUGUGAUUGCCAUCGAGAACAUCCUCAAGCAGUUUUGCUUACUCGUUUUGGUACUUUAGUUGGAUUUGAAAUUUUACAAUUUAUCGCAUUCGUUCUUGCCUGUGCAUGUGCAAAUAAAUAUGGACCAUCUGGAUUAGGCUAUUCGAUUGUGGCAGCUUUUUCGUUUGUACCCUCUAUUUUUACAUUAAUUGUUGAAUACCUUCAUCAUCAUCGAUUAUGGUUUGAUUAUCGACCAGACUCAUCCUUAGACAAGAAGCCAAAACAGUCUACAUGCCAUCGAUGUUUCUUGCCUAUGGCGAUGCUGAACGAUCAGCAAACAAGUCAUUGGCAACAUGCUCGUUGCCCGAAGAAAAAUAAUUGUGAAUCUCGAAAUCUCUACCAUGUUCUUAUGUAUCAUUCGGGAAAUAGGUGCUAUCCACCAGAUAAGACACAAGACAAUCAAAUAGUUGUUGGUUUCCAUCAAACAGAUUAUAAGGCAGCUUAUUCUAUCGCGGAAAAUGGCUUUAGGCCUUCGAAAUCAGGCAUGCUUGGAGCAGGUGUCUAUUUUGCAACAUCACUUGAUCAUACUGAAUUUAAAGCUAAUCAAUAUGGCACUUAUAUUUGUGCAAAGGUCGAUUUGGGUAGAACAUACCGCACAAAAAUAAGACAUCCGGCAUUACCAGAAAACUAUGAUACAGUUUAUUUUGAGCAUGAGCGUAGUGCAGAUGAAUUUUGUGUUCGAAACUUAGGACAAAUCCGUUCAUGGAUAAUUGCAAUCGACCAAAAUCCAAAUGAGCGAGCACUGAAGAAAGUAGAUACUGGACGAUUGCCAUCGGGUAAUUUCGUGGAAGAUCGUUUGGAUGAGAGUGUGUACAAAGGAUGUUUUUCUAGUUUGUAA